AUGGAAGCCGUUGUGGAGAAUGCAGACCAAAUACUGGAACAGAUCUGGAAACGAAACCUAACGUUAAGAGAGGUGCUUCUCCAAAGUGACCAUCGAGACAAUGAUAAGAUAGUCGAGUAUACUCUCAAGCUGACUCCUCUCUUUCUGGACCUCAUCAAAGCCCUCUGCCUACAACUGAAGAGCACAACGAAGAUUCUCCAAGACACCCGUCACUUGCUGAAUACGCUUCAGGAGAACGGCUGGCAACAGAUUCCAAAGGGGAGCAGCCUCCCAGAUUGGCUUCUGGAAUUAAGGAAGAACAUAUUGCAUACUCUCAGACGCCUUGGAGAGGCACAAGAUAAACUUUUUAAAAUGAACUAUAAAACAGCGGAGAAAGUUCAGCUUCUCCCAUGUAUAUCUGGGAAGGCUGAGCAGGAAGAUGAAAAAGAGACAUUCGGAGAUGCGCAAAUAUUGCCAUGUGUAAGCCAGCCAUUCCCUGGCCCUUCCUCAACACAAGAAGAGGCAAACAGAGCCCAGCUAACAGGAAAUGAAGCCAUGGAAAUUGAAACUGUAACAUCCCUAAAUGAAAAAAUAUCUGGUCCUGAUCAAAAAUAUCCAUCAUUCACAGAAAACGAAGCUCAGAGCAAACCAGAGGAAUCCAUUAUGGUCUCAAACAAGGACAAUAGAAAAGUCGCUCAUACAGUGAGAUCUUCAAGUAAGAAACCUUCAGAAAGCAUAGAUUUGGAAGACAUUCCAGGAAACGAUGACAAAGCUGUAACUUCAUCCAGAAUGCUGGGAGAUAUCCAAGUACAACCUCUUGGGCAGCUUCCCGAUCUAGAAAAACAGGUGGAGAGCAAGGAAGCCCCAAAGCAGGCAGAAAAUGGGAAGCGCAGGCGGAAAGCCAAACGAAGCAGGAGGCAGAAAGAUGUCAACCCAAAGGAGAAAAGUAAUAGAAAUGGCCAAAGCAAUCAAGAAGGCGAAUUUGGAUCUACAGGGUUAGAAGACAUUGAUCCAUCCAAUACCGCUAACCUGUUCGCUGGGAAGUCGGAGGAAGAGGACAGUCAAAGUGACUGGAUGAUGAAAGAAUUUCUUGUGGAGGGGAAUGGCAUUAGUGAGCCUGAAGUAGCCUGUUGCAUUACAGCCCCACGUGCCAUUCUAGAGAACUUAGGGGUCAGGGUCAUCAAUGAUUUAAGUUCCCUGGUGGUAGAUGAUGCCGAAGAACUGGUCAGCAACGUCAUCAGUGUCGAGUUCCCGCGAGAUGGGCCAACCGUUAUUCCUCCAGUCACCAUUGCAAUCCCAUUUAAUUCACGUUACCGAGGAAUGUACAAAGAAAUUAUGGUGAAGCUGACUGACAUGAACUUUCCAUCGAGUUAUUUAGCUCCUGUUUCUUUGGAAGGGCACCAAGGAAACCCCAAGGGGACUUUUGCUGAGAUCAAGACCAGCCAGCUUGGUACCUUUUCUGUGGUUUCAUGCUUAAAGCUGGAAACACUCACCGUUCCAAGGAAAGGCCUGUCACGGAAACUAAGUAUGGAUCCCAGAAUUUCAUUUGACUUCCCACCGUCAACUUUCAGUUCUUGCAUUACAAUGCAUUUAAAGGUCCAACCCAUCGAGCCAUCAAUAAUUUCACUAUUAAAAAUGAAGCAAGACAUUUAUCAUUCGGUCGCAUCGACAAGCCCACUGGUCCAUCUGCAGCAUCCAUCUGCCGAGCCGUUCAACAAAUCAAUCAUGGUUAUUUUACCCUGUCCUCCAAAUGCAGAAAAAAAGAGGGGUGGAGAUGAGACAGACCAUGGAAGAGCUUCUAGCGCUUCUCUACACCGGGCUACAAGCGUGCAUCAUUUUCGGGCAAUGAGUGCCUCCCCAAGAAAACAUGGGGAGCACCUCAAUGAAUCCCUAAAAUUACUGGGGUACAGAAGCAAAGAAGAGGGAUGGACUUUGCUGGAUGACGUCACUGUGCGGAAUGCACGGAGCGGCCUUGUGUCAUUUGAACUCAGUGAGCAUUUAGAAAGGUUUAUUGUCAUCCGCCAAUCCUCUGUUAUGGACAAUGCACAUCUGGCACAGUUUGUUCAGCAUCUGGAGGAGGACACCCAAAACACUAUGGCAAAUGUGGUCUUAUAUCAGAACAAAGAAGAUCCUUAUAAGAUAGUUGUCUUACUGGUCCUGUCCAAGGAACUGAACCCUGAGCUGCAGAGCCUGAGGGAAGAAGGGUACUCAGGGCCUCCCGAACCCUCUCAGCAGUUUAGACUCAGAGAAGGGGAACAGGUUCACUUUAGGUUCAGUGGAAACAUUUUUGCUUCAGAUGAUGGGAUGACAUUUGGAAAAGCCUACACGCUCAUUUUUCAUGCGCAACGAAAGCCGAGGCUCGCCCUUCAAAUCAAGGAAGUGGAUGAAUACGGCAACUACAGCUCCCCUCAUUUCAAGGGCACUGCCUUGUUUUAUAAAAUGAGCAAAGAAGCCAUAGCCAAGAACAUGGAGCGACCUCUUCUGCCCCAAGACUACCAGCACCAGGAUCCAGUUUGCAAACUGGCUCUAACCUUGCCCAAGAAAGAGAAGAUUAUCAACCGCCCACAAAGCACAAAAAGAAUCUCAAAUGAUUCAUCAGAGGCAUUGUGGGACAGCUUGCUGUACUGGCUGUCUGGAGAGCUGUCAGAAGAUAACGCUUCGUCCCUCGCACUCUUCCUUCCUCUCCACCGAAGCACGCUUCAGUUUAUUAAAUUGAAGUGCCCUGAUAAUCUCACCGAGCAGAUCUAUGAGGUCCUGUGCUUCUGGAAAAGAAACCUGCCGAGAUCGGCUGACAAGCUGCAGCUCCUGGCUCGCUAUCUCUGUAAAAGUGGCAGAAGCGAUCUUGCUGAAGAUCUCCGGCUGAUGUGGGAGAAUAAAGUGUUUCUGAAGAAAACUCACGGGCACCAAAGCAAUAUUUGA